AGCAAUAUGACUCAAGUGAGAGUGGUUGGUAAAGGAUAAACCCACAGCUGUGUGUCAUAUUGCUGUAACACAACAGUUCUACCACCAGAUUGUUUUUCAUUUCGUUUUUGUUUGAUUCAUUCUCCAUGCCAAAAUGACUUGCACAUGCUAAUACAAUACCCUGUGUACUGAAGUCUGACUGCAGCUCAGGCUGCGCAUAGGGCACAGUUGAUCCACGUCUGUAGGUGUCUUGUGUGCUUCUGCUUUUUAAGAACUAAUGGAAUGUUGAUGUUGUAGAAUUUAAUGUUUAAAGUGUUUCAACCUUUGAGUGAUUACUAGCGGUGAAGAGUCUGCAUUGGGUUGGUCCACGAUAUCCCCACUCAUGGAAUGCCUCUUUUUCGAGGGAAAGCUAACUGUUGUAGUAUGUGUUUUAUUUGACUGUUUAACACUUUAUUUGUGGAAACUUAAACUCUCUGUAGGAUUGGUCUAUGAGUGAAACAUUUCAGCUCUGUAGCUUGUUUGGUCUCAUGCAGUAUCAAACUGCAUCAACAGUACAAGGGGAUACAAUAAGAACUGGGUAAUGUUAUAUUUAUGGGUAUUUUUUACAAAUUUGAAUAUACAGGUUUCAUCGGAACGCAGAAAUCUAUCAGGGUUCUUAGAACUAUGUAUUUAAACAGGUCUAUUGGUGUGGCAGUAUGCUCAGAGAUAUUUACUUUUAAUUAGUUUCGAUGAAUCUUUAAUGUUACUUUUAAUGAUUUAAUUAUGAUGUUUCUAACAUGUGUUAGUUGCCAUAGGCUCAUGCAGUGAUAUUGAGUGUUCCCAUGUUCCUCCAUGCAGUGCCAGAUCCUGGAGACAACUUGGCAGAGGACUCAAACUCAGUGGAAGUUGGAGCUAUGGAGCCUUCUCCUAACAAGGAGACCAGAGGGCCUGAAACACUUGACCUUACCGAUACAGCUGAGGUGACCUCCAGCCCUGAUCAAUUAGAAUCUGAGGAGAGAGCCUUUGUUGAUAACCUUUAUCGUUUCAUGAAGGAUCGAGGCACUCCCAUUGAGAGAAUACCACAUCUUGGCUUUAAACAAAUUAAUCUGUGGAAAAUCUACAAAGCAGUGGAGUCUCUUGGGGGAUAUGACUCUGUGACUGCACGGCGCUUGUGGAAGAAUGUCUACGAUGAACUGGGAGGAAGUCCAGGAAGCACAAGUGCAGCUACUUGUACCCGCAAACACUAUGAGAGGCUUGUUCUACCUUUUGAAAGACAGCUAAGAGGAGAGGAGUAUAAACCCCUUCCCCCAUCUAAACCUCGCAAACUGUACAAGAAGAGCCCGGACCUUAAGAGUGUCAAACCUGAGGCCAAGAGGAGGAAGAACAAGACUGAGAGGGAAGAAAAGACACAUUCUAAGGAAACAGCACAUCGUGGCCACCACUCUCAGCCAGGGACAUGCCUUCACUCCAGUCCCUGGGCAUUUUACCAGGACCAACCCCACCUGGAUUGCCCAGAAUCCCAGAACAAGUUUGGGGAUCCUCAGACAACUGCCCUUGUAGUCCAUGAGCCUCACCCUCCUGCACCUUUAGGCCCCACUGGGAUUAUCUCUCCCUUGGAGAAGAAGAAGCUUCUGGCACAGGCCAGUCUGUGUCUCCUGAAGAGUCCAAAGGCCGAAGACAGCUCAAAGAGGCCAUCGGUUAUCCAGUGUCCUCCUUCCCCAGACUGUUCAGUGCAAGGCAGUGCCCAUAGCUCCGUGGAUGAUUCCCCACUCCCUCUGUCCUCACCCUCUGGCACGUGCUCACGCAGCCCCUCACCUAAUUCACUUUCAUCUGACGAAUGCUUAACAACGACUGACCCCAUCAGCAGCUCAUCCACAGACACAAAGAAAAGGACCCAGUCCUCUGCUCCUCCUCCAGUACCCAGCAGGCCUGCAUUAUGCAAACCUGUGAGCUGUUACCCCACACAUCUGGACAACCUUCACCUGCACCAUCACCAAGGUGUUCUUCAGGCAAGCCCAAACCAACCCGGUAGCACUUCUGCUGCCAGUAAAAGAGCCUUUCACACCUGGAGCCCUGAGAGCCAAGGGGGGAGUCUUAGGCCCCCUGUUCGAAGACGUCCCAUCUUAACCCAGUCCUGGGUGUCCUCAGCUUCUAGUUUCACAAAAGUGAUGCCCAAAUCCAAGGAUGUUUUCUCACCACUGUCCCUCCAUCCUUUUUACAAAGCCUUGCCUCCUCCUCAUGAGCCAACCUAUAAAGUCUAUAUGAGAAGUGGUCAGGAAUUCAAUCAGUCCCCCAAUAAACUACGAGUGCCUACCUUGCAUUUCAUAGACAAAAAAGAUAAAGGCAUGCAUGUCUUGUCCAAACCACCUCCCAGCCAGCCGUCUAUACAACAUCCAGCCACGGGUCUUCAAGUACAUUACUCGGGGGCAGAGAACCACCUUAAAGGUCUACCAGGUCAAAAUGCAAAUCUCUGUCCAACCCACCUGCCCAUGCCUCAACUGAACCCACACCAGCCACAUCUUAUGCCAGCGGUUGCCAGCUUUUCUCCCCAAUAUGACUUUGCCCUUCAAUCAUACUCCUAUACCCUGCCAUUCUGGCAACCCCUGACUGGCCUGUACCCAUACCCAUCCAACGCUAGACUAUGACAAUACAUUGUCCUACAAAUGGCCUAUCAGAACAGAUGUUGGAAGUGACUGUUAUACAUAUGUGUGUGUGAUUGUUCAGAUGGUUUCCUAUGAUUUCACACGGACUGCUUUUUUAUUUCAGUUUGAUAGUUAAUCCAUCCUGACAAUCGAGGACUGAAAAUAUUGUCGCACUUAUCUCUCUUUUCAUCAUGACCUUUGAUGAAGUAUUUAAUUAUCUAUUAUUAUUAUAUGACUUAAUAUCUUCUCUCUGAAAUCUAGGGUGACUGAUUGUUGACACCUUCUUUAAAGCACUGCAGUUCCUGGAGGGGGACCUAGUGUUAACAUUUGCAUUUCUAGAACAUUUGUCAUUGUCAUUGUAAUUGUAUUUUAAACUGUUACCAACAAAGUGUCUAUUUGAUGUGAAAUGAGCUUGUGUCAAACUCCUCUCACAAUGUACGCCACAGGCCAAUUACCUACUAACACACCAAUCAUGUGUCUUAAUUAUGUGACUGAGCCUUACCAUCUCUAAUGUGAUGUCAUGGCUAAAUGCACUUGCUCUUAAUUACCAACUGCACUGUGCAAUCUCAGAAAAUUGCUUAUCAGGAGAGUGGUGGUGCCUAACGUAACCAUUAUUUUGUUUGUCAACCAGAAUAAAGUGCCUUUAUAAAGAAUAAAGUGUUCAACUGUUUGAAUAUCAAUCAGUUUUUCUUAAUUAA